AUGAUUCUACGAUUAUUUUGUUUGUUAUUUCUCUAUUUUCUCGGGAAUCUCGUCUCCGCUCAGCAAUGGACAAAAGCAUUAAUCGAUAUGUGCGAUGCGUCGGUGCCCGGUUCGUGUGGGCCUUAUGGAUGGUGUGAGACGAGGAAGAGUGGGAAUCGCUGCCAUUGCCAAAUUGGUCGCAUGGGAAUCAAAUGCUUAAGACCCUGUCAGGACGUGUUCAAGAGCUGCGUGAAAUGGAAGGCCGACGAUCGAUGCUUUUGGGCGCGGAAUUCAACGUCAUUUUUCUUGGAUAAUUGCAGCAAGUCUUGUGCGGAGUGUCGAAGUGACGGGAAAAGACUAACUCUUGCAUUGCCACCAAUGCUGGAGCCAUUAGCGUGGCUAGUGGGCCGUUGGGAAGCGAAAACCUCGUCAGGGCAGCGAUUCCCAGUGCCCCUAUCCGGCCCGUACAAAGAGAUCCUCGAUGUGCAAAUCGCUGAAGUGCCAGCCUUUGAUCGACCCGGUAUCAAUAUCAGUAUUACCGCAACGACAUUUGAUGGUUGGGAGACGCACUCGGAUCUUGGUUUUAUGACUGGGAAACCAUUCAAUGAGGACAAUGGUUUUCUUCGAGAAGUCGGCCCGGGCGAGGACCUUGUCGCUGUCGAGUUCGCUAGCAAUACCGGGUUAAUGACAAUUGAAGAGGGAGUGAUUCGCGGGCAAUCGAUCAUCAUCGAGACCAAAUAUAAAAAAUCGAUUUUUGGUGUCAAUGACGCUUUCCAAGAGGCAAAGCGAAAAUUCACUCUAGUCUCAGAGGGGAAUUUGGAAGAGCGAACGAUUUUCAAGGAUAAAUAUGGACAAGAGAAGAAAUGGUUGAAGAGAUAUCAUUUGAUUCACGACUAUUUGAACGAAAUUGAAGAAGCGAAAGAAGAAAAUGAUGCCAAUUUUCGGAGACAU